AUGAUAAUAAUAUCCUCAGACUCGAAUGGGAACCCUCGAUUAAUUGCAAAUUCAAAGGAUAAGCGACGACGACCGGCGUCAAAGACUUUGUCGGGAGUUCUAAAGUGUCAAGACGAAGUCUUCUUAGACUUUAUAUCUCGAUGCCUCCAUUGGGAUCCCGAAAAACGCAUGAAGCCUGAUGAAGGAUUAAUGCACGAGUGGAUUACUGAGGUUAAGCUCAACACCAAGAAUUACUUAACAAAUUAUGACCUUGUGAGGAGACAGAGUCAAUCUCAGUCAUCUCUAAUACAACCGUCCAACAGCAGUGCGUCUAUGAGACAGAAUAGCUCCUCGAACACUCGCGCAAUUCAAAUUGCCUCGCAGUCAAGCUCGUAUGGGAUGCAAAAGAACAAUGUCACGCCUUCGGUGAACUCCACCCAUCACACCUCCAUCUCACAAGCUUCUACGCGUAGCAAUGGUCUAAAACAACCAUACGGGACCUCGCUUCCAAUAUCAUCGAGCAGAAAUGAUGGGAACAGUACAACG